AAACGAAUUCGAAUGUGCUGUAAAAUACGUAUACACGGCACCUGUACACAAACUGUGCAGCAAAUCUUUGCUAGAGAAUCAAGUCCUGUGUUCCAACGAUGCUCAGCUCAGUGUGGACGCAGCCCGGCCGGGACGCCAGGGUUGGAGACCCGAUGUUAGACCGAGACGAGUCCGAUGAACACCGCGGGCCCGUACACGACCUGGAGCCGGGCGAACCGAGAGACCAGUGGGCCCGGAAAGCAGAGUUUCUCCUGGCCAUGGUCGGCUAUGCAGUCGGACUGGGAAACGUCUGGAGGUUUCCCUACCUCUGUUACAAAAGCGGCGGCGGUGCCUUUCUCAUCCCUUACUUCAUCAUGUUGUUUGUGUGUGGUAUCCCCCUGCUGUACAUGGAGCUGGCGGUAGGACAGUACACACAGCAGGGGCCAGUAGGGGCGCUGGGCAAGAUCUGCCCUCUUCUGAAAGGAGCUGGAUUGGCCACAGUGAUGAUCACAUUUCUCUUCUCCACCUACUAUAACGUCAUCAUCACGUGGGCUCUUUACUACCUCUUCAACUCAUUCCAGGACCCGUUGCCCUGGGCUCGAUGUGAUAACUCCUGGAACACUGAAAACUGCACAACUGGUUUGAACCGGUCCCUUCUCCACAACGGCAGCACCUCACCCAGCAACGAGUUCUUCUACCGCAAUGUCCUGGAGAUCAGUAGUGGGAUAGAUGAUUUUGGAGCCCCCCAGUGGGACCUGUCCCUCACCCUACUGCUGGCAUGGAUCAUCGUAUACCUGUGUAUCUUCAAGGGUGUCAAGUCAACGGGAAAGGUGGUAUAUUUCACUGCGACGUUCCCAUACAUCGUGCUGAUCGCCCUGCUGAUCCGGGGUGUCACGCUAGAUGGAGCAGUUGACGGAAUCCUUUUCUUCAUCGAGCCCAAAUGGCACCUCCUGGGUACAGCUGAGGUGUGGAUCAACGCUGCGGCUCAGAACUUUGGUUCCAUCGGCAUCGCCUUCGGAGGUUGUAUCACCUUGUCAAGCUACAACAAAUUCGACAACAACGUCUUCAAGGACACAUUGUUAAUUGCGUGCAUCAAUUCGGCGACGAGCCUUUUGGCGGGAUUCGCCAUUUUCUCCAUCAUGGGAUACAUGGCGUUCUUACAGAACACUACUGUUGAGGAGGUAGCAACUCAAGGUAAAUACACUCUUAAAAUCAUACUAUAUAUGCCAAAAAUUAAAGCAUUUUGCACAGUAGAGGUGAUCAUCACCACCCUAUACGACCACUUCCACCCACUGAUCAGGAAGUACCUGAAGAGGAAGGAAGUGUUGGUCCUUAUUGUGUGCUGUAUGUCGUAUCUGCUUGGACUCCCCAACAUCACACAGGGAGGGAUAUACUUCUUCCAGCUGAUCGACUUCUACGCCUCCGCCAUCUCCCUCAUGAUCAUUGCGUUUUUCGAAGUUGUGGCCAUCUCAUGGAUAUACGGUGCCAACAGGCUUGCCCGGAAUGUAGAAGAGAUGACCGGUAACAAACCCUGGCUGUACUUUAUCGUGUGCUGGUACGGACUGUCACCGAUGCUCAUUGGUGGUAUCAUGAUCUUUGGGUUCAUUCAGUACACCCCCGUAAGAUAUGGCAGCUACUACUACCCGGGCUGGGGACAAGGUAUCGGUUGGUUCAUUGCAUCCCUUUCAAUCAUCUGUCUACCAAUCGGAGCCGUCCAUGCACUGAUGAAGGAGAAGGGAGGGUUUGUGCAGCGCCUAAGGAACGCCCUCAAGUCUAAGACUCCCGACCGUGGAUCGCUCACGUUUGAAGAGGAGCCCGACCCAAAGAAAGAUCCGAACCUGACUCUCCUACCGUCAUAUGAUAAAAUCUCAGGUUUCCCUUCAGUUGCGCCCCACUCCAUGGUACAAGAAAGUACACUUUGAGUUCGUAAAUAGUUUCAUCAGGUUGGUAGAUUACUACAUACAGUAAGUUUCGUCAAAAUUGUACUCACUUCCAACGUUUUGAUGUCUAUCAGACACCAUCAUCAGGGUUAGAAUUACUGGGUCUUUUUCCUCCUGUUACUUAUAGCCGAUGUAGCAACAGACAAACACGUGGGAUAAAAGAGGCUGCCUGAAUCAGAAAGUCAUUAACAGAGACGAGGGGGGAUACAAGCUGAGCCAUGUUUGGGACGGCAUUCUUGCUGCUGUAGCGCCGCCUACAUCGGCUACAAGUAGCAGCAAGAAACAGACCCAGUCGUUCUAACCCUGAUGAUGGUGUCUUAUAGACAUCUAAAUGUUGGAAGUGAGUACAAUUCUGGUUGU